AUAUAACAAUGUGUGAAAAUUCAUCCAGAGUCAGACACCAGCAAGAUGCAAUUGCUGUUUCUACUCCUCGCUGUUGGCGCGGCCGUGGCUGUCCCUGUGGAAGAACAGGUUCCCUCGCUGGAAGGAGCCAAAGUCUACCGUUUGAUCGCAGAUACGGACGAAAAACUAUCAGCACUCCUUGCUUACGAUGGUCACGAAGGAUAUGACAUCCUGAAGGCUGGUCACGCUCUUGGAGACGAGAUCCAUUUAUUGGUAACCGCCGACAACGUCGAGGCCUUCGAAACCAUCUUAGAUGAGAAUGAAAUCGACAACAUGGUUAUGACUGAAAACGUUCAGGCCGCCGUCGACGAAGAAGCGACUCGUCAAAGCACUGCAUCCACUGCUCGUUUAGACGGCCGUAUUUCGUUCGAGGCUUACCAACGUUAUGGCGACAUAGCUGACUAUUUGGCAGAGAUCGCGGAGAGCUACAGUGAUGUGGCCAGUCUUGUUGAAAUCGGUACCUCUUUCGAAGGACUGAGCAUCUACGGUUUGAAAAUAUCAUCGGGUGGUACCGGCAAGCCUGCAAUUUUGAUCGACGGUGGUAUUCAUGCGCGUGAAUGGGCUGCACCUGCUACGGUAACUUACAUCAUCAACCAGCUGAUCGAAGAAGCCACUAACUCUGAUCUAUUCGAAAACGUCGACUGGUACAUAUUCCCAGUCCUGAACCCCGACGGUUACGAAUACACUCACACCACCUACCGUCUGUGGAGAAAAACACGCAGCAGCAUAACCGGAAACCUUUGCCGCGGUACCGACCCCAACCGUAAUUUCGGAUACUACUGGAUGUUGACCGGUGCUUCCUCCGCUUCGUGCAGCGAUACUUACGCUGGACCCGAAGCAUUCUCCGAAUUGGAAACUCAAGCUCUACGUGACUUUGUCCUGGCCAACAACGACACUAUCAAGUUAUACCUGACCUUCCAUUCUUACGGAAACUAUUUCCUCUACCCGUGGGGAUACACCUCGGAACUGCCGGAUAACGAGGAGGAGUUGAGGACUCUCGCUGAGGCCGCUGAUGAGGCUCUCUCCACCCUCCGUGGAACCCGCUACACCAUUGGAACUUCCACCAACGUAUUGUAUGCUGCUGCCGGCGGAAGUGACGACUGGGUGAAGGGCGUUGCCGGUGUCGAACUGGCCUACACCCUGGAAUUGCCGGGUGGUGGAAAUUUUGGAUUUGAUCUUCCAGCAUCUGAGAUCGUCCUCGUUGGUCAAGAGACCUUCUUAGCUAUUCGUGUCUUCGGUGAAUACAUCGAGAACAAAUUCGUUAGCUCCAAGUCCAAUUGCACCAAAGUCUUACCAAUAAACAAUACGACGGCUAUGCAGCAACAAAUAAUCAAAUUCUUCCGCGGUCAUGUGAUGCUGCAGUCGACUCAGCGUCUGCGUCAGUGUGCAAUGAUGCCCCGACAGCAGGAGAAGUUCCAGAAAAUACUCCACGCGACAUUCGUCUGCUUAAAUCUCUUUGUCGCCUUCAAUCAUGCCGGCGAUUACAAUGGCUACAUGGUGUAUCAGUUGUCCCCGAACACGUCAGAGAAAAUUGCGGUAUUGAAAAGCUUGGAAAGCGUAACAGGAUAUGACUUUUGGCAAGAACCUGGGCGCAAAACCAGCCACUUGAUGGUAGCACCGGAGCAGCAGCACGAAUUCGAAAAACGGAUGGCUGCAUCGCAGAUUCAAACAACCAUCGCCAUAAACAACGUCGCAGAGCAUCUGCGGAAAGAUGGAACGUAUCGCGACGGUCAAAAGGAAAAAUCUAACAAAGGUACCCGAGGUAGGUUCCUUCGACCCGAUUGGAAAAAUUUUUCAUUCGAACGAUAUCUAAAAUACAAUGAUAUGUUGAGACUGGUUAAUGGCGUCGUGGCUAAAAAAUCUACAGCGAACGUCAUCACGAUAGGGCAAACCUAUCAAGGGCGGAAAAUGAUCGCCGUCAAACUAUCGACUUGUGACAAUAAUCCGGUAAUCCUGAUAGAUGGAGGAAUUCACGGCCGCGAGUGGGCCGCACCGAUGUCUGUUCUCUAUAUACUGCAGAAGCUCAUCGACGACGACGAAGUGAUUAAAAAGUUGACCUUUUACAUAAUCCCUCUCCUUAAUCCUGAUGGCUACGAGUAUUCCCGACGGAAAGACCGCUACUGGAGAAAGACAAUGUCCAAGACUCCCUUUACCAAGUGUCGAGGAGUUGACGGCAACAGGAACUUUGAUUCUCAUUGGAACGAAUCCGGAACCGAGGGUGACCCUUGUUCGCAAUUGUACUCGGGACCCGAACCAUUUUCCGAAUCCGAAACACGAGCUUUACGAGAUCUAAUAACUUCAGUGAGGCCUGUCAUGUACAUCACGUUUCACAGCUACGGAGGCCUAAUCCUUUACCCCUGGGGCUACGCCCCUGAUCUACCAGACAAUUGGCCGGAAUUGCAUUUAUUAGGGAAGAAAGCAGCCGAUGAAGUGAAAAGGCUCUUCAACACGGAGUACGUUGUUGGCGCCUCAACGAACUUAUUAUACCCGGCAUCCGGUGGCAGCGACGAUUGGUCUAUGGAAAAAGCUGGAGUACAAUUAGUUUACUGCAUAGAACUAGAAGAUUUUGGAUCAAAAUUUGAGCCGUCACCGAACGAACUAAAGGAGAUCGUCCAGCACGCUAAUACGCUCGUGCAAGUUUUCACAAAGCAUGUGGAAGAAAACUACGCGUCUUAAUAUCAAUUAAAUGGCGAAUGAGGGAAAAAAUUAGACGAAAAACUAGAUAAGUGCGAAUAAACACUUAUUUACGUUUUUCGAUUUUCUUGCGUCCUCUCUUACCUUACAAUAGCAAGCAUUUGUUAGAAUUAAAAAAAAUACCUCCACGAUAUUCAUAAAAUAUUAAUUAAGUCAUACACCAAUCAAUUGUUUGUAUGUACAAGUAUUGUUUGGGACAGUGAAACAGCUCACGUACGUAUAUACUGCUGUUUGUUUUUGCAAAAUUGUAUAACUGGUCAAAAUGGAGUUGAAACUUACCUCAAUCCUUCACUGCAAGUUCCAUGAAGCGGUCGUUGUCCAUUUCUCGUUGUGGAUUUCAC